AUGGGAAGUCACCACUUCGUAGUUGGUGGAGUUGGGGAGGGAAGAAUGAGUGACGAUCUGCAAGAGACAAGUGCUGAGGUCGCUUUGAGUUCAUGCAUAGAGAGGCUUUGGGAGGCGGGGUCACGUGAGAGGGGAGGAGCCAAAGCCCUUAGAAAUAAACAAGCCUUUCUGACUUGCAUUAACCCAGAAUUUCUCCGCCUGCAACUCGCCUGGCGUAAGAGCUGUGAGCAUAUGGAAUGGAGGGAAGGGGGAUGGAAUAUAGAACAGGAAGGGGAGGUGGGGGUGUUAUAGAAUUUACUGAAUAAUUGUCAGAUGGGUGGGGCUAGGAUUGCAUAGGGUUUGCCGCUAGGAGGUUGCCUGCGUUUUAAACAAUUACAUGCCAGGCAGAAAGUGAACAGGUGAUGUUUUCCCCAACCACUUUGCCUUCAAAUGCUGCACCUGUUAAAUUUCUGCCUUGCAUUGGAAGCACACAGAAGCCCUGCCAUGAAAAAAAAAGUGGUUUUCCUGGGAAUGAGGACACUCAGCCCUUUAUUGGUGAAAUAAAAUAUACAUUGCCCUCAAUAGAGGUGUUCAAUUCAUGCCAACUAUGAAUCUGUGGCAGGAAAGUGUGGCUGUUAAGUACCUAGUGGGCUGUACUGUAUUGGUUUGCAAAGAAAUGGAGGUGGGCAAAAUCUUUCUAUUGGACUGUCUUAACUGAGGUAGGAAUAUACAGGCCUCCUGAUUUCACAGAACUCUUCAUUGCACAGAAGGGAAAGGUGGAUAUUUCCAAUGCAUAUUGGGCAAACUAGAUUAGAAAGGCAACAGAUCCGCCGGCUUGCUGUUAAUGGGAAUUUUGCAACACACACCAGACCUGGAGGUGGUUGCUCAUUGCGCCAUUAGUGUAACAUCCAAUAUGCAAAUAAAUUGUUGGUUUAUUGGGUGAUGAAUUUGCUCACGUCGUGUGAAAGUCUGAUGCAGUUCAGAUCUUUUGUAACAGGAGGACUGUGUGUGAGAGGGAGGCAGCACAAUCUUAGACGGUGAUGGGGCACCGGAACCAGGAAGAGGGCCUUCUUGGUAGUGGCGCCCACUCUGUAGAACGCCCUCCCUUCAGAUGUCAAGGAAAUAAACAACUAUCUAACUUUUAGAAGUCAUCUGAAGGCAGCCCUGUUUAGGGAAGUUUUUAAUGUCUGAUGUGUUGUUGUUGUUGUUGUUGUUGUCGUCGUCAUCAAUUCUGCUGGGAGCCACAAUGGGGUGGGGUAUAAAUUAGUAGUAGUAGUAGUAGUAGUAUUUCUAAAAACGAAGUCACUUCCUUUCUCAUUCUCUACCCGUUUCUCCUUCUCUGCCCCCUAAAGGUCUUGACUGUGAUGGUUCUGCAGAAGGAAGUCCCCAAAGUCCACAUAUUCAGCACCAGGGCAGGAGAUGUGAUUCUUCGCCCUGAUCUGAACGGCUACCUGCUCCUCUCCGGUUUGCCGACCUCGCCCUGCGCUGAGCUCUGGCCCUUGCACCCUUCCCUGCGCGGCAGCGAACACUAUUUCAGCUCCCGUUGGCACAACACCAUCUACGUCAUCCGCGACAACAAACUCCUGGAAACCCCAAACCUUCACACCGAGCCCAGCAGAGAGCCCCGUCGCCUGCACCCCAGCUGCUGCGCUGGGCAACAUUAUUUCGUUGUUUCUGGUGGCUCCUUUGGCAUAAUCUUAAGCUCGGGCACCAUGACGGCAGUCAAGGACUUGACCACAGGGGAACCAGAUCCAGACACACAGCCAGGACACCAUCAGUGGUCCAACGAGAAGAUGGGAAGCCAUCGCAGUUACCUCUACUGGCAGCUGUGGGAUAACUUCAGCGGAGAAGUCUUUUCUUUCCACCCCAGUGUCCUCAACUUCUUGCCGGGAGGUCUCGGCCUCAGCAAAGGGGACGCAUUCAAGGCCUGGGAGCUGCUGAACAUUUUCCACAACUACUCUGACAGCCCUGUCUCUAGGUUACAGGAAGUGUCCCGGAAAGUGGGCUACGCCACAGAAAAGCUGGCUGAUGUUGGGCGCAGCUGGGUGGCAACGGCCCUGCCAGAUUCUCCUGAGCCGGGCUCCAUCGCCGUGGCGCUGGCCAAGGCCCAGUUUGCGUUACCGACCGAAUGUGGCGGUGUGGGCCUGAACACAGAGCAGGAAGAAUGGGGGGAAGCCCGUGAGGUGGAGACAACCCUGACGUUCACACUACAGCCUGAAGAUGUUGCCUAUGUGUGGCAGUAUCAGCUAGGGCUAGGGAAGGAGGUCAUCUUGUUUUGCAGGGAUAUUGAGGUCACUCUUGGCUGCGACCCACCGACCAAGGUCCCCCUGCCUUCUUCAUCCUAAAUAACAGCUGGCUCCAGCUCCCCAUUGCUUUCCACCCUUUCCCCCUUAGAUGUAUUUCUGUACACUACCAACUGAUAAAUGCUGAAAUAAAUAAACAAACCAGGCAUGGGGGAACCUGCGGCCUUCACAAUGUUAGUAGAUACCAAAUCCCAUCAGCCCAGCCAGUGGUCAGGAUUGAUGGGUGUUGCAGUCCAGCAGCAUCUAGAAGGCUAAAGGUUCCUCAUCCCUGAUUGGACAGAAUUCCUGGGGAUGGUGUGUGUGUGUGUGUGUGUGUGUGUGUAUACAAAAGCUUAAUAAAAUGCUUUUAAUGCUUGCUUGAAUAGAGGGCCCAUCAAAUCUCACUACAGAUUGAGAAUUCCUUCUGUGGUUGUUUUAAUAAAUAGAUUCCCCACCCCUCCACCCUUGAUGCGGGGAAUUAGAGCAGAGUGGUCCAGAGUGGUCAGUCUUGACUCUCUAGGGUUGGCAGGUUUAUGCAGAGGGUGAAUAAACACCUAUAGGUUGGAAUGGGGUUGGAAAAGGCCCCGACAUAGAAAAGAUUAGAGGAAUAGCACAAAAAAUUAAUUAGGAGCUCAGAGCCCCAGAAAUACAUGACAUGGGCAUGUGCAAAGUGCACCUCCCUUCCCACUGAGGAACCUCUGCAUUUUAUGAUUCCACAAUACAGCCGUAUUCCUUAUUUUUUGUGUUUUAUGAUUCCUAGUGAUGAUGAUUAAUAAAUGUUGAUUAUAUAUUGAUGUUCCUUGGCUUUAUUUCAUAUGCAUUCCUAAGAAUCUGGGUUGGGGGUUGACAACUUUAUUCAUUUAUUUAUUUAAUGUAUUUUUAUUAAAGAUUUUCUUGGUUUACAAGCUCACCAAGGGGUCAAAUGAACUCAAGAGGCUUGGGGGACCCUGGAACAGCAAAACUACCAGAGAAAAGGACUGCAGCUUUCUUUCUUUUCUUGGGUAGCCAGUGUUUUACCAUGCAAGAAUGAAUUUGUGGUCUAUGACUGUGUUACAGAGCAUUGUGUGGGGCUGACUUGUCUUCCAGCCUUUGAAUUGCAGAUUUCUGUGCUGCGCUGGCUCGCCAGAUGCAGCUUGUCACGAUGGCCACGUGACUCAGAAGUGUCUGCGGACAGCGCUGGCUCCCGGCCUAUAGAGUGAGAUGAGCGCACAACCCUAGAGUCUGUCAAGACUGGCCCGUACAGGCAGGGGUACCUUUACCUUUAAAGCUAAAACAAGGGGGCGUUACUUGGUAUGUAAAACACUUGAGGUAUUGUUUCACGACACAAGUUUGCAUAUGCAACUUUAUUUGCAUAGAUGCAAAUAUAGGAUGACCGGGGUAGGUGGGGAGGAACUGGUGUGGGCCCUCAAGCUCACUGGAGGAAACUGAGCCAGCCGCUAUGGCCCCAUUCUAGCCUGGGAUUUCUGCCGCAGGGUCAGUGUCUCCAGUACCCUAGCAUGGUCUCUUGCCCACUGCAUUCUCCAAAGCUAAGCACUCGUGAACUCUGAAAACACGAAGUGCUUCGUUCUAAAGAGCAUCGAGUGAAAGUUCUGUUGCGUAUGGUGGAACUUCGCGGUGAAAACACAAAUUAAGACAUGCCAAAGGAAGCUCCAAGUUUUUCACCCGUAUAUUUGCACCGAAAAUAACAGCUCUAACUGAAAGGCAGCGUGGAGAUCUGUCUCGUUUGUUGCAAUACACAUGCCUAAUAAUCAUUGCAUAAUCUUAGCCGGUUGUAUAACCUCAGAAGGCGGGUGGCUGCGAAGGGAGGCUGCACUUUUGAAUUUGCCACCUGAAUUUGCCCACGUACACACAACCGGGCAAUGUCACACACCAACUUGCCGCCCUCCCCCCAAGCCGAACUACGUAGACUCCCCCCAACUCUCUCCGGCGACGCCCAAAGAUGGGAGGUGUGGCGGGGGUGUGGCCAACUUUUCCGCACGCCCCCCUGCGCCUGGGCUCGGCGAGGAGACACAAACAGUUCCGCGGCUUCGCUUCACGGGAAGAUCCUGAAGGGGGAGCAGAUCUAGGCGGAGAUCUGCUGAAGGGGGAGCAGAUCUCCCCCUAGAUCGCCUCCUGGGGUGGAAGCUGUCGCAAUAGAGGCCGUCCUUUGCACCUGCCCUAUGCCCCCCAAACGAUGAAGAAGCACAGAAAACCCUCCUCCCUGCCCCCAGCUCCGCUACGGGGAGCUCCGCCUACGCAUAAACUUUCCUUGUCUUUACAGCAGGGGUCAGCAAACUUUUUCAGCAGGGGGCCAAUCCACUGCCCCGUAGACCUUGUGGGGGGCCGGACUAUAUUUUGAAGAAAAAAAAUGAAUUCCUAUGCCCCACAAAUAACCCAGAGGUGCGUUUUAAAUAAAAGCACACAUUUUACUCAUGUAAAAACACCAGGCAGGCCCCACAAAUAACCCAGAGAGGUGCAUUUUAAAUAAAAGGACACAUUUUAUAUACUAAUUCCCGGACCGUCCGCCGGCCGGAUUUAGAAAGCCAUUGGGCCGAUCCGACCCCCGGGCCUUAGUUUGCCUACCCAUGCUUUACAGUGUUUGGUUUUGGGUCUCCUCCCCCUCGGGAGGGAGGAGCCGAGGAGCCCGGCCUUCUCCGCCAGCCCCUUCCGGGAAGCUGCCGUGGCCCGACUGUCAGCGACUGCAGUCCGGGAAGCCGCUGCGCCCUGGUGAAAUUGGCGCGAGAGCCUGCAAACCAGGUGAGGAUUUUCUGCAGCUGCAUUUGCUCCAACCGACCUCUGCUGCUUGUUGUCACUCGCUUGCAGGCUUCCUCUCAUGCUGUGUUGUGUGUUUGUUUUUGCCCUGCACCGCGCACCACGCAGCGGGGUGCCGUGGGGGUGUGUGAGAGAAGUUUUAGGUGUUUCUACCUGGGGGUGGGGGGCAUGGUGACGGCGGUGCUAACAACCGUGAGUUAGAAAGGCCGAAUCCUUCAAUUUUUGAAAAUUAGUCAAGGGGCGGGGGCAAAGAAAGAGAAGGAGAGAGAGGUGAUGUCAUUUAUUUAUUUGUUUGUUUGUUUUCAUGAAAGCUAUACACGGCUUGAUUGUAAAAAGGGGGGGUAGUUUCAGGUGGUUUCUAAAAAUUAUUAGAUCACUCCUAAAAGCAUGUUCGUUUCCUUCCCCAUCCCCUCCCUCCCAGCAGAAUGACUGGAAUGGGGCUUUAGAGGGUAUCUUCCUGCUUGUAGCUCCACUACACUAAUUUUGCACUGGGAAGUGGAAGAAGGGCUGUGAUUAUUAUUAACUUGUUGUGAUGGGUGAAGCACUCUGUGCUCACAGCUUGCAUUUCAGCGUGCUCUAUGGAAAAUAAAGCCUUGGGCUUGGGAAUUAGCCCUUGUGACAGAAGCCCAGGAUUCCUGGGUUCCUGGCCCAGUUCCGCCCACAAGGAGUGACCCUGCAGGAAUCGAAUCCCUCACGCACCAUUCCUAUGGCCUGCAGAAAUGCCACAGGAUUCUGGAUCUGGGCGGUCCUAGCCUUCAGCAGCUUAAGAAACCAUGGCACACUCUCUCUUAAGAUUGCCACUUUCUCUUCAUAUUCUGGCACAGCUUCUUUGCGAUGUGGAGAGAGGCAGGAGGAGGAGGAGGAUAAUAGCAAUGAUGUUAUCCCCGACCUCCUACAGCACGGGAAAAGCUUUUCCUGUUGUGUUUCUGCUUCUUGUGCCAGAUCUGGUUAAUUAAUAGGACACUUGGCGCCUGUAAACAUCCAGUGGUCAUUGGUCUUCCAUAGCUGAGAAUAAUCCCCCCCCAAGAAGCCUGAAUUGCAAACCACACUCCUUGAUCCCCGUUUUUGUUCCUCUUAAAAGCGCAAUCUCACAGGAACACAAGGAGCUAUCUAAUUCCAAGUCAGACCACUUGUCUAUCUAGGUCAGUAUUGUUUACACUGACUAGUAGCACCUCCCCAGGGUUUCAUACUGGGGCUCGUUUCCCAUUCCCACCUGGAGAUGCUGGGGUUCAUUUUUUAAAAAAAAAAAUAUGAUAUUUAUUAAAAUUUCAAAAGAUACAAAAUUUACACAAAGACAAAAAGUAAAAAUACAAAAAGUAAAAAUACAAGAAAAUAAAAAAUACAGAAAAAAGAAUAAAGAAAAAACAAAACAAGUUCAUUAUUUUCAGACCCUUGACUGUCAUUGCCUUCUUUCUUAGACCUCCUCCUCCUCCCUUCCUUUGUAUUCUAGUUAUUAAUUAUCCCAGCAAAUCCUUUCCUUUCCAUGUUUCAUAAAAUUCUAUCAUUACAUUACCCUCGACUAAUUUAAUCCUAUCUUUCUAUAAUAAAAUAAACCUUAAAGUUUAAAACUUAAGUCUUAACCUUACCAGCUUCUUAUAAUCAUAAUAUUCUUUCAUAAUUCUUUAUGCAUCCUUACUAAAGCCAGGUAAUUUCUUCCAACAUUUUUCUAUCAUUCAUCAACUUUAUGAAACAUUCUAAUAAUAAAGAAAAAGAAUAAGAAAGAUAUAGACAAGUCCAAUCUUUAUCCAACGUCCCUUCCUCCUGGUUCCGGGAUUUGUCAGUCCUUAUUCCCAUCAGUCUAACCCGGUAACCUUAUGUCCGAGGCCCUCAGGUCACUUCCAUGGCCCUUCCGUGGCUCUUCUUCAUAUUUGUAACUAUAAUUUCCCUUAUCUCCUCGUGGUAACUCCAGCUUGACAAUGUCUCUUGCUCGUGGUAACUCCAACUUAGUAAUGUUUUUAACCCUUCUCGUCAGAUCAGACCCUUUUCCGUAUUCAUCACUGCAUUCCAUGUAGUGUUUAAAAGCAUGUUCCAAGGGCCCUCCAAAAUUGAGAGCCCCCACAGUCCCAAACAUAUCGCAGCCCAUUACCAUAUUUAAAAAGUCCAGACAUCCCAACAUAGGGGGGUCAAUCCAGCCCCCCAUUUCCAAGCCACACCGAACUUUUCCUUUCCAGAUCUGGCUUUUUCCAAAUUCAUUUGUCCAGUCCAAAGGAUCAUACUCCUGUUGGGUCUGUUCUGUCAAAACACACUCCUGAUUUAAUGCCACAAACUCCUGUUCUGUCAAAACACACUCCUGGUUUGAAUCCUGAGUGGGCUCCACAUGUUUUCCCACAGUCUGGUCAAAACAUUCCACUGCCUGUUUAAGAUUUCUAGUCGAAAUGGCCAUCCAGUUCACCUUAUCAUGUAAUUCUUCCAGUAGAGCAUUUGUUUUGUAAAAAGCGCGCACCAAGGCUUCUGAAAACAUUGUCCUACACAGUCAAACACUUUCCCACGGUUAUUUUGUAACAGCUGUCAAUUCCCUGGAGUUAGUUACAGUUUCAGAAGCUCCCCCUAGGGGGAAGACUUAUGUUUAUUUUUCUACAAAGUUUCCUUUUUUCCCCCAAAAUACUUAAGAUACUUUGUCCAUAUAUAUUCCUUUAGAAUGCGAAAGGGAACAGUGGAAUCACAAAGUUUCUCUUCUUUUAACUGUCUGUCAAGAAACAAUUAUCUUGGUAAACUCACGUCAGUCCUGACACCCCCGCUCCAGGAUCAGGACAGAGGAAAAUAACUUCCUUUUGCAGUUACUUCAAAUAGUCCAAAAAAAAGAUUCCCAAUUUAAAAUGUUGAAAUCCACUCUUUUAAAGACGAUUUUCUGAGCUCUAGUGUAAAUUGCCUUUGCUUUAUUCUAUUUACAAAAGAACGGAAGGGUGACUUCCUGUUUAGCCCUUCCCGCUCCGUACCAAAUUCAAUAGAUUUUUUUAUAGUCCGAUUCUGUCCUUCUCACGAAUCUUUAUUUGAUAUCCCAUUUGUUCAAAUUCUAAGUACUCACGGGUGCUUGUUUUAGAGUCCAAAUUGUCCCAGGAAAGAAGGCAGCGCUCUCCGGCAGUAGCUAUGCGGCUUCACUCCACAGAAAUAGCGAUUGACUCACAGCACCGCGCCUCUUCCCCCUCCUCACUUCGGAGCCCGUUAGUGGGUUCCUUAGCGGAUUGGGGGGGCGCUAAAGGUGCCCGCCGAGUCCCACGGUCACAGGCUUCAUCCGCCUGUGAUUUUGAAGGGGUCCCCGCUUCGCCGUAGCGGAGUAGACCCUGUUUACCGCGGAGCCAGUCCCUCCAGUUCAGAGGGAGUCCGCCAUUGCCGGUGGCGCAACCCCGGAAGUUCGGAGAUGCUGGGGUUCAACCUGGGAUCUUCUGUACGCAAAGCAGAUGUUCUGCCUCUGAGCUGUGACCUUUCCCAGUAUUCAGCUUGUACACACUGUUUGCUUAUGAAAUCACAGAAUUGUAGAGUUGGAAAAGGACCACAAGGGCCAUUUAGUCCAACCCUCUGCAAUGCAGGACUCCUUUUGCCCAAUGUGGGUCUCAAACCUACGACCCUUAAGAGUUUCAUGCUGCACCAACUGAGUUGUCUUAUUGAGAUUUAUAGAUAAUUCCUGGCGUACUCGGUAUUUGCAACUCAAAUUGCCACAGCAGCAUUCUUAAUCUAGGCAGGGGAACGUAUAAAUGUAUAUGCAUAUAACAUUGUCCAGUUAGGUGCUGCUAACAAGCCAAAUCUCUGGGAAACGAGGCCCUAGGCACAAAUGCAUACUAAAGUUAUGCAAACAGGGGAAAUGCCCUAGAAAAAAACUAUGGCUGGCUUCCAAAGGAAAAUGCAAUGAAAACACAGUGUCAUGGCACAGUGUUUGCAGAUACAACAAAGCACACCUAUCUGGUUUUGAGAUUCGAACGCCAGCCCUACUUCUCAUAAUCAAACUAGACAAAGGGGUACACAAGAUUACCUCAGGGACAAAUCAGGCUGUUCAAGUAUUCAGUAGGAACUUGUUGAAUGAUGUAGGGUAAUGAUCUCCCGCUUGAAUCUGCCGUAAGGUUAGGGUGCCUUACACGGUGGGCUCAGGUGCAGAAUCUAGCUUCCUGAGAAUUUCAGCUUUGCAUAUAAGUGUAACUGCAAACACACAUGAGCUUCUGGCCCACAGGUUUGCAAAGAUUUCCUUGAGAAAGCACACGGGCAGAAGAAAUCCAAGAUCUCAGGUGGGUAAUAAUCAAAUGACAUUUCACUGGGCUCUGCACAGCACCUUAGAGCCAAAUCAGAAUAAAUUGUGCUAUAUCAUUGUUGCUUUUUAAGGAGGCAGAAAAUAAUGAAAAACAAGAUGUUCUCAACAGAGGUGUUAUUGAUGCAGUUUGGAUGCCACUGACACAGAAUGUCACAUUUUUUUAACACAGCAGGACCCAGCCCUGAGUUAAGGGUCACUUCAUUGCUUUGUAUAACUAAAACAUGUAUUUCUCAUUUCCCUUUCCCUCUCUACCAGCAACAGCAAUUCACAUUUUGUGAUAGAUUGCCUCUGGACCUGGAGGUUCCAUUAACCUGUAUUUGCUAA